UAAAAACACUAGAAAUGAAGGGUAGGCGUAGAAAUAGAAUCUGCCAUCUUUAACUCGAGAUGAGGCCUCUUUUUCUCUCUCAAAAAAAGCUCUAGGAAAGACGAAUAGAGAAUAGGGACGAUCUGUGGAGUCGAGUCUAGAGCGAGACAAAAGAAAAAGACUUCGGCAAUUGAUUGGGCCAAAGUUAAAAAGAAAAGAAAAGUUUUUUAAAAUAGAAAGAAACCAAAACCAAAACCAGAAACCAAAGCAGAACAAGUAGAAACAGAAGCAGUUGGUUUUCAGUUGGGGGCUCAGCUUUGAGAAGGCAAGCAACGAACAAAGCAAAAAGAAAGAAAAAAGAAGAAACUCAGAGGAAGGAGGAGAAGAAGAAGGUCUUAAGAAAAGCAAGGGGUAGUUCGGGCAUUUCAGUUUGGGCUUCAUUCACUUCAAAAACUUCCAUGGUCCCCUCUGGCAACAACAGCCCCACCGGAAUCCCCCACUUUGGCGGCGGCGGAGGCGGCAGAUUCUGGUCGGCUGUGGCGACGCCGCCUUCCAAAACUGCCGUCGCCGUCACCGCCCUUGCCGGCCUUGUUCUCUUCGCUGCCAUUUUCUACAACAGCAGUAGACGAAGUCAGACUUCGUCUUCAUCUCCCAACUCACCCUCAUCAUCAUCCUCUUCGUCGUCUUCGUCAUCGUCGUGGAUUCAUUUGCGUUCGGUUCUUUUCGUUGUUACUUCUUCUUCACCAGCUUCUUGUUCUUCCUCUGAUCGUGGUAGACUCAAAUCUCCCUGGUCUCGCCGGAGAAAGAAACACGCCCUUUCGCCUCAGCAGUGGAAAAGUUUGUUUGCAUCUGAUGGUAGACUAAGGGAUGGUGGGGUCAAGUUCUUGAAGAAAGUUCGCAGUAGAGGUGUUGAUCCAAGUAUUAGGGCUGAGGUUUGGCCCUUCCUCCUUGGAGUCUAUGACUUAAACAGUACCAAAGAAGAAAGAGAUGCUGUUAAAACUCAGAAAAGGAAGGAAUAUGAAAAACUCCGCAGGGAGUGCCGCCGGCUCCUAAAACACAGCGGUGGGAGUUUUAAGUUGACUGAAAUUGGUGGAACUUGUCAAAAUGGAGAUGGUGGUAGUCUUAUUCAGGAGACAGACACAUCUGGCUCUGAAGACGUGGUUAGUGCGAGAGAAUCUCUCUCUAGUGAGGAAAGGAGCCCGGAUGCUGAGUACUCAGAUGAACCAUCCAGUACAUUGUUGGAAGGAGAUGAUAGUUCAAGAAGAAUAACAAAUGCUGAUGUGUCAGCGCUGAACAGUGAGUCAUCGGACUCUGACUCUUCAGAAGACGCUGAAGUGAUUCAGGAUUCCCCCUCUUCAGAAGGCAGGGAGGAAAAUGAUCCUGACGUGUCUUCAAAAAGGAAUGUUUCUCCCUCAAGCACUGAAGGCCUGUCAAAACUACGUGCAACUGAAGAUUUUUCCACCUGGCAGCGGAUCAUUCGCCUAGAUGCAGUGCGUGCAAAUGCUGAAUGGAUGCCAUACUCUGCCUCUCAGUCUGCAGUAUCAGAGGGGAGGGCACGUCGUUCAGCUGAGGCUGUUGGGUUAAAGGAUUAUGAUCACCUGGACCCCUGCAGAAUUUUCCAUGCUGCACGUUUGGUUGCUAUCCUUGAAGCUUAUGCACUUUACGACCCCGAAAUUGGCUACUGCCAGGGCAUGAGUGAUCUCCUUUCUCCAAUAAUUUCAGUCAUCCCAGAGGAUUACGAGGCUUUCUGGUGUUUUGUAGGUUUCAUGAAGAAAGCUCGACAUAAUUUUAGGCUCGAUGAGGUCGGGAUAAAAAGGCAACUUAAUAUUGUUUCCAAGAUAAUCAAAUGUAAAGACUCUCAUCUCUACAGGCAUUUGGAGAAGCUCCAGGCUGAGGAUUGCUUUUUUGUUUAUAGGAUGGUGGUGGUACUGUUUAGGAGGGAAUUGGCAUUUGAACAGACAAUUUGCCUUUGGGAGGUAAUGUGGGCAGAUCAAGCAGCCAUUAGAGCUGGGAUUGGGAAGUCUGCCUGGAGCAGGAUAAGACAGAGGGCGCCCCCAACAGAUGAUUUAUUGCUUUAUGCAAUUGCAGCUUCAGUGUUGCAGAGAAGGAAAUUGAUCAUAGAGAAGUACAGCAGCAUGGAUGAGAUUUUAAGGGAGUGCAAUGGCAUGGCUGGGCAACUUGAUGUAUGGAAACUCCUAGAUGAUGCGCAUGAUUUGGUGGUAACUCUUCAUGACAAGAUAGAGUCAUCCUUUUGAUCAUUGCCACUUUGUCUACUAAAUUUAUGUGCUUCAUUUCUUUCUUGAACCUGGGUUCUAUGGGUAUCUCAAGUCUCCUUUUUAAUGCAUCGCUUGAAAUGCUGUCUGUGAUGA